UCAAAAAAUAGUUGGUGAUAUUUAUGGCCCCUAACGGGUUGAUAUUUCGACGGGGUGCCUUGUGGAAUAUUUACCUUAAAAUUCCCUUUGAAACCAUAUAUAUAAAGGAAACCGGCACGCCUCUCCUCUUCUUAUCACUUCCCUGUCCUUUAUUAUUAAACCCUAUUUACCAUUUUCAUCAAUCGCCCUCCUCUCUUUCAUUGCAGAUCGCUCCACUUCGUUCGAUCUAUAAGGUUGCAGGUUGUCUGUGCUCUGUGGAGUUUCAAAGUUUUAGUGGUCUAAGCGAAGCAUAUUUUAUGUCCGAACAAGCCAUCUUCUAUUUGGGAUCCAUUGGAUUGCUUGGAGAGUAUUGUCCUUGGUCGAGAAAAAAGAAUCGUCAUUUCUCUGGUCGUGUUGACUGUAUGCAUCUCACAUCAUUAAAGGAAGAACAGUUCAACUCUUUUGGUUGCUGGGAGGCUCAACUGGCUCUUUGCAAUUGUUCUGCUGAAGAAUUCUCUGAGCAUUCCUAACAUUCCAUCCAGGAUAUUUUUACUGAAUCAAAGAUGGCUUUGCAGAACAUUGGUGCUAGCAACAGUGAUGAUGCCUUCUACAGGUAUAAGAUGCCCAGGAUGAUUACCAAGAUAGAGGGCCGCGGGAAUGGCAUCAAGACAAAUGUGGUUAACAUGGUUGAUAUUGCCAAAGCAUUAGCAAGGCCUCCAUCCUAUACCACAAAAUAUUUUGGAAAUGAGCUUGGCGCACAGUCGAAAUUUGAUGAGAAGUCUGGAACUGCCCUAGUCAAUGGAGCUCAUGAAACUCCCAAACUUGCUGGUCUUCUUGAGAACUUUAUUAAAAAAUAUGUUCAGUGCUAUGGUUGCGGAAACCCUGAAACAGAGAUCAUAAUAACCAAAACUCAGAUGAUCCAACUAAAAUGUGCUGCAUGUGGUUUCUUAUCUGAUGUAGACAUGAGGGACAAGCUGACAACUUUUAUACUUAAGAACCCGCCCGAGGCGAAGAAGGGCUCCAAGGACAAGAAAGCAAUGAGAAGAGCUGAGAAGGAGCGACUGAAGGAAGGCGAGUCUGCUGAUGAAGAGCUGAAGAAGCUGAAGAAAGAAACAAAGAAGAAGGUUUCCUCCAAAGAUGCGAGCCCUAAAACCAGCUCUAAAAAGAAACAUGGUGGUUCUGAUGAGGAUCGUGCUUCACCACCUAGAAGCCAUGUUAAUGUGAAAGAAGAGGAUGAUGAAGAAGAAGAUGAUGAUGACGUCCAGUGGAAGACUGAUACAUCUCUAGAAGCUGCUAAGCAGCGUAUACAGGAACAGCUAAAUGCUGCGACUGCUGAAAUGGUCAUGCUGUCCACAGUUGAGUCGGAGAAGAAGAAGCCCAAGGCAGCUCCUCAAACCCGAAGUCCUAAAGCUUCUUUUGCGACACCUGGGAAUUCCAAGGCUGAGAAUGGAGAGACGAGCCAUGAAAGCCUCGUUAAGGAAGUGAAAACAAAUCUAGAAAAGGGAGUUACUGGCAGCAAAUUCCAAUCCUUUUUGGGUUCAGUCUCUGGAUCUCCACAGGAAGUUAUUACUGCUUUGUACGAGGCACUCUUGGAUGGCGUGGAGAAAGGAUUUGCCAAGGAGGUUAUUAAGAAGAAAAGCUACCUUGCUGCUGUUGCUCAAGAUGAGGAGUCUCAACUACGAUUGCUUCGAGCUAUAGAAGAUUUUUGUGGGAAAUCCAACAACUCUGUUGCACUGAAGGAAGUGGCUCUGGUUUUGAAAGCUUUGUAUGAUGCUGAUGUAUUGGAAGAGGAGUUUAUAGUGCAGUGGUACAACGAGAGGGUUGCUGCGAACAAGGACUCCAAAAUUUGGAAGAAUGUCAAACCCUUUGUCGAAUGGCUACAGAGUGCUGAGUCCGAGUCCGAGGAGGAAUGAAAUCAGUAGUGUUUCUGCCGGUUCAGAUUGCUGUCUUAAGCUAGUUUGCUUCGCCUGAGAUGCUAUCGAGUUAGGCAUUCACAGGUUUGUUAAUCCUGUGAUGUUUGUGUUUUAUCUGUUUUGUGUUUGUUAUUUCAAGAUACUAGUGUUGUCUCUGUCUGUGCUGCUAACUCAUGCGGAGGUUCCUUUUUCUCAGUGUCUUUGGCCUUCAUUUCAGUGUCUUUUCGUGAACAAAACUUUUAUUUAGUAUUCUCCUCAUUAUUCAUAAGAGUAACUGGUUCUGCCCCUA